AUGGCGACCUGUACUUUCAAUGCACGAACGCUCGCGUCGGAAGCAUGCAUCGAAGAUCUGAUGAUGCAAGCCAGGAAGAUCAAGUACGACAUUAUCGGACUGACCAAGACGAAAAGGCACUGCCCGUUGCAUGCCACUUUUGAAACUGAUGAAGAACUGUUCCUUGGAACAUGCGACAGCACAGGCGUCGGCGGUGUAGGUGUCCUCGCCAACAUGCCAUUGGUCAUGAACAUUGAUUGGUAUGAAAGCUUGACAACUCCAAUCGCCGUUUGCGAUUGA